UUGUGACAUUUCCUUGUAAUGAUAUUCAGGCAGGAGACCUGUUAGUACCUGUUUCUGCAAGCGUCUCAUCGAAAGGAGAAUGGCUGACGCUGGUGGUGAUAAUGAUGUGCAGAGUGGUGGGGACUCUGUGGACGCCAUACGAUUCUUUUCGAAAAAGCGUGAUGCAUCAAACGGUAAAACUUCUGAGGAAACAGACUCCGCCCCCUCCAUCAAGAGCAGCAGCACAGCUGUUUCUGACCCGUACCGCUACAACAUGAACUACCCCUGCAUCGGAAUCUGUUUGAUCAUCAACAACAAGAACUUCCACAGAAGCACCGGCAUGAAUACUCGUAACGGGACAGAUGUUGACGCUGCUUGUCUUGCCAAGACCUUUAGUUCUCUGGGUUAUCAGGUCAGAGUGACCAAUGACCAGACUGUGUCUGAGAUGGAAAGACUGAUGUCACUUGCAUCUGCAGAGGACCACAGUCAGAAGGCAUCAUUUGUAUGUGUGCUGCUUAGCCAUGGAGAUGAAGGGGUGAUUUACGGCACGGAUGGCUGUGAAAAGUUGGACACCAUGAUAAGCUACUUUAAAGGAAAUCGCUGUAGGACUCUGGUGGGGAAACCAAAGCUCUUCUUUAUACAGGCGUGUCGUGGUAGCACCCUGGAUGAUGGAGCAUUGCUUGAGGCUGACGCUGUCCCAGAGCAAACAUCGGAGAAGAUUCCUGUGGAGGCAGACUGCUUGUAUGCCUACUCCGCCGCUCCAGGCUACUACUCAUGGAGAAACACCAGCAGCGGCUCCUGGUUCAUUCAGUCACUGUGUGAAGUUUUGCAGGAGUUCAGUGGCAAGCUGGAGCUGAUGCAGCUCAUGACCUGAGUGAACCGCAAGGUGGCGCUGAACUUUGAAUCUGCCUCCACCAUACCUGGAUUUAGUGGCAAGAAGCAAAUCCCCUGCAUCGUCUCAAUGUUGACCAAAGAUUUUUACUUCACAUUAGAUAAAGAUUAGUCCAAAUUUAGCUACAUGUGGAAAACUGAGUCAGAAGUGGGUGUGCUGGUGUUGCCAGUUUUGCCUGAUUUCUGUUCUCUGGUCACAUGUUAAAAUCUAAAACUGCGUACUUGAUGCUCAGUAGGACAGCGUUCAUUUUAAUGUGACUAUAAGGACCAAUAAUACCGUCAGUAUUAGGAUAAACAGGAACAGAUCAAUGAGCUUACUGUCUGUUAUUUUAUGCUUUUAGUGGCAGGUUUUUCAGGGAAACUUUUGUUCUGACUUUUCAUUAUGUGUUACCGAAGACACACAAAGAGGUGUUGGGACGUUUUCAGGGAUGCCUUUUUACACAGCUUCACUCAUUAAUAUAAUAAUAUAUAAUAAUGAUAUAACUUCUAGCUUUAGUAAGUAAAUAUGUACUGUACAGGUCAAACAAUGAUUGUAACACUCAACACUUGUCUUUACUAGUUUCUGAAUGCAAUAAAUGCGCAACACAGACUGGAUACAGGAGAUGUUGGAGAUACUGGAAAUAAAUAAUUCAUUAAAACCA